CUCUCUUCCUUUCUCUCUCUCUCUCUCUUGCUGUCAUUCUCUCCGUCUCGGUGUGUGUACGUAUAAAAGCGUCUCAGAGCUUUCACCUCAAUCUGAGCUCUCUGUGGCUUUGCGGGGCAGGCGGGUGCAGGACUCAGGCACGCUACCAAAGGGCAUCCCUCUGAGCCAUUUCCUUGACCUUCCCUCUCUGCUUUCCCCGCCGCCACCCCCCACAGUUCCUUCUCCUCCCUCCGAUGUGUCGUGGGUUUCCCCCCUCUCCUCCUCACCCUUCCUCUCACUGAACGUCUCCGCUCUGCCUAGACGGUGGCUGCAUCGAUGCAAAAUGGGUUGUGGCAAUUCCUCAGCCACCAGCACCUCAGGAGGGGGGCCAGCAGAAGCCUCCAAAGAUUUGACAGAAGAUCCCUCGGCAGACGAUGAGAAAAGAAGGAACUACGGCGGUGUGUAUGUGGGUCUGCCUGCGGACCUGACCACAGUAGCUGCUAGUCAGUCUAAAUCCACACGGAAAGACUAGCAGCUACAGAAUGGAGUUCAAAACAGGACCCUGCAGCCGAGUCACCCAGAGACGGUCACGUUACAAGCACAGAGCAUCUCGCCGCUCUGAUUCUGGUAGAAAAUGGACUAAAUAAGGACUUUCAGAGUCACACUGAGCAAAAGACAGGACCUAGCAGAAGGUGGAGUGAUGUUUGGAUGUGUACGGCAUCAGUCACCGCCCUUUAUCCUUGAGAGCAAAAGACGAAAGAGGAAUGCCAGAUAGGCGACGCACGCUAUGAGGAGCAGCUGAAGGUGGCAUCAAUGGACACCCCCCCUCUCAGGAAAUGGAGGAUACAGCCAACUUCACAACUGAAUGUGUGGAAAUCACGCAAUCUCCCCAAACUCCCUUGGCAAUAAUAUUUUAUGCUAAUUAUAUCACUAUAGUGCAUAAAUGCUUAAUUGCAAAGUAGACUGAACGUGUCACUGGUGAUGAAAAUUUAAUUUUUUGCAGUCAAAGACCUGCUGUUGCAUCAGGAAAGUGACAUAUUCUCAAUAAUUGCUCUCAGAGCAGAAAUGAAGCUCGUUUUACACAAUGUUCUGGGUGUGGCCACCUGAUCCAAUCGAGGCAACAAUUUUAUGUAUCCGUCGUGCUUAUUCUCCCUUCAGCACUAUUUUUUUUUGCUCAAAAUAGCUCAGAAUAUGGUACCUUAAAAGCCACAAAUGGGAGAUUUUCUUAAAGUUUUCAUAAGCUUAACUGUCAACUUCUUUUCUCACAUCACAGCAUAAAUAUAGAUUUGCAAAAACAGCAUAUUCUUGGAAGAGAUUGAAAGGAAGCAGCUCAAAAACAUAGAAAUCGUUCUUCAAUCCUCCCCACAUGCUAUAUAACUGAACUCGAUGUUUAGCCAGUGUGUAAUCUUUGAAAGAAAGUGUUUUGAAUUGUGCAGUUUUCCGUCGACAACCACCACAAGAAAAGAUGAAAAUGAAGUUUUUAUUGAAGCUUAUAUUGUGAUAUUUACUGUGCCUUGCGGAGAAUUUCUCACCCCUUAAACUUCACAUUUUGUCACGUUGCCACAAACACCAGUAGAUUUUGUUGAGAUUUUCUGUGAUUAUCCAACACAAAAUGGUGCACUGUUACAAAAAAAUAAAGUAAUGCAUGGUUUAGAUCUUUUUAUAGGUCAAAACUGGAAAAUUCUGUUGAUCCAUCACAUAAAAUCUAAUAAACAUCAAAUUUUGUGGUUA